GCAGCCCUUAAACGCCUCGACGUUUGGGGGGGCGGUAAUGGGCCGCUUCCGGUUGCGGGUGAACCUGUAGGCCUUGACGGAUAAGGAAAGGUGGUUGAAGGAGAAGAGGGUAAACAAAAUCGGUGUGGGGUUACGGUGAAGAAAAAAGCAAUAUAGCUGAUAUAAAUUUGCUUUACAACAUCCAGCCUACAACACCUGUAAUUAUGGUGAACGUCCUGAACUUUAUACGAGAAUACUGGGGUUAUUCAUUGGUCCCCUUAGGCUUUGUGGUGGGAUGGUACUUUGACAAGAGGGAAGACGAGAAGCUGUCAGCUUUCAGAAACAAGAGCAAAUUGUUUCAAAGGGAAUUGAAACCUGGGGAAGAAGUUACAUGGAAAUAAUGAAUGACUGAUUUUAAAGUUUAUGUACAAUUAAAUUUGCUUAUAUUUAA